AUGCACAUACAAGUCGACACGUGUCAUAGGCGAAGGUCUGCUCGGGCCUUGCCAUAUUUUUUUUACUACGUAAAAAGCAAUUCACUUUUACCGAUUCUGUCGGCUUCGGGUUGGAACACCAUGUACAAAGUCUUAGUGCUAGUUUUUGCGGUUGUGGCCGUCACGGCUCUGCCAGCAAGUAAUGAAAAAACCGGAAACGAAGAUGAUCCGAUAUCAUCCAUGUACUCCGAUUGUCUCAACAAGGAAUCGGUCAACUGCGUGAAGUCCAAGGUCGUCAGCGCUAUUGACAAGAUGCUAACCGACAAGGAUGACAUCUAUUUAAGCGAUGGGAUCACCAUAGUCAAAACUUCGAAUGCCAAAGAGGAUCCUCCAAGGUCCAUCGAGGCAACUGACGUGGAUACUUUGCUCUUUGACCGCCUGGGAAGAUUUUUGAGAACGCAUACCGUUAAAGUUGACCUGAAGGGCCGUGAUAUCCUCGGGGUCGUUGAGUCAGCCGGCCGCAGUCUGGAAGACAUCAGCGACAGCGUUGGUGAUGCCCGUGGAAAAAAGAAGAAGGCUGCUAAAAUUCUUGGACCACUUCUCAUGAUCAUGGCCAUGAAAAUGGCGGCUCUAAUCCCACUGGCGAUGGGCGCAAUUGCUCUGAUCGCUGGUAAAGCUCUCCUUAUCGGAAAGAUCGCUCUUCUCAUAUCGGCCAUCAUUGGCUUGAAGAAGCUCUUGGGAGGUCAGCAGAAGACGGUCACGUACGAGGUAGUUUCUCAUCCUCACCACAGCAGCUCGCACGUAAGUCACGACGAUCCUCACGGCGGCGGCGGCGGCGGUGGAUAUAGCAGUGGUCCCGACUUUGGAGGAUACGGCGGAGGUGGUGGUGGCAGCAGUGGGCACGGAUGGGCCAGAAGUCUUCCUCAGGAUGCUGAGACUGCGCAAGACCUCGCUUACCGCGCGUACGUCCCUCAGCCUGCGCAAUAAGGGCGCGCCAUUACUACCUAGGGAUUCUAUUUUUUCCAGUCAUCUAGCGAGCUCAUCCGAAGCAUCAAAGCACCGUCAUCAAGAACGUAGUUUUCGGGAUAGUCUCACACGACGCGACGUGGCGUUUAGCACUGAUCGCGUGUAAAUCACCUUUCGUCUUGAAACCAUCAUCCUAUUUCCCGUUUGCUGGAUGAAUGUUUUCUCUUGACCAACAUCUUAAUUUUCACUUACUUUAGGUGUUGAACACCGAAAACUGAGCAAGUUCUAAGAUGGUCACGAUCACCGGUACCACUCGAAUACUCGUUAAUAAUAUUAUAAAUGGUUAUUUAUUAUUUAAUCAAAUGAACACUAUUUAUUCUUUAAAUUGCAACAAACGAACAACGUGUUUCACGUGUUCAUAGGAUAAGGAACUGUACUAGGUUCUUAUUUAAUCUUAUAGAGUUAGUAUAAUGAAACUGACCUGACAAACUUUUUGGGUUUUUUUUUUUUACUGUACUCGACGAUAUCGGACAAUGUCUGAUGAACUAUACAGGUACAAUUUAUGCGACACUCAACAGACUUGUAGCUUAAAAACUUCUGACUUCAAAUCAAACACACCAAGUUACGUUGACUAUUCAACACUGGACUUGACUUCAACUUUAACAAUAAGUACUUUGCAAGCCUUACAUUCACUCAUCUCCAUUGAUAUGUUCGGAUACACGCGUUGAACUAUACGGCAAGAAUGAAUUCACUUGACAAAAACUGUACAUAAUCCUCUCUUUCUACAGAACAGACAGAUACGUUGACUACA